GGCAGGGCGAAAUGACAUCCUUAGCCCUAAGGCAAAAUUACACUUGCCGCGGUGUUUUCCUCGAUAAAACAAACCAACGAACGUCCUCGCCUUCCUCGUCGGCGGUGUCGGUGAUGGUGGAUCCUCGCCGUGCCGGAGCGAGAUCAUCGCCGGGAGAGACACUGUCUCGGUUCAUGUCCGCUGCCGCGAUCCUCCUCCUCCUCCUCCUGCUCUUCGAUGCGCUCCUCCGCAUCGAUGCUCGCCCCGAGUACUCGCCGUCGCCGAUGCAGCUCCUUCGAUCGGAUCAUCGCGAUGGGAAAGUCGCGAUCUCGGUGGAUGAAUUCGGAGCUAAAGGCAACGGAUUGGAUGAUGACACCGCGGCUUUCAAAAGUGCAUGGGACUAUGCUUGUUCAUCACCGAUUAGAAUGGGCAUAAACUUUCUUGCAAGUAAUGUGUACUUGAUUAAUCCUAUCUAUAUCGGUGGCCCUUGUAUCUCUAAGAUGAUAUUAACGAUAUCGGGAACCAUAAUUGCUCCUUCGGAUCCUGAAAUUUGGGAUGGGCAUGAUCCUAGAAAAUGGAUUUACUUUCAUGGGGUUAAUGAGAUAGUUGUGCGUGGCGGUGGAACUGUAAAUGGCAUGGGACAUGAAUGGUGGUCAAGGUCCUGCAAAAGAAACGCAACUAAUCCUUGUCGUCAUGCUCCAACGGCAAUUACUUUUCACAGGAGCAAGCAUGUCAUCCUCCAAGAUUUGAAUGUAUUCAAUAGCCAACAGAUGCAUGUUGCAUUCACCUCUUGCUCUCAUGUUCGUGUGUCACGAUUGAAGGUGAUUGCACCUGCUGAGAGCCCUAAUACUGAUGGAAUUCAUAUAAGUGAAUCUCGGUCCAUUGUGGUUGAAGGUAGCAUUAUUAGCACAGGGGAUGACUGCAUCUCUAUCGUUGGCAAUUCUUCCAAUAUCCAAGUAAAAGGUAUCGUAUGUGGACCUGGUCACGGUAUAAGUAUCGGAAGCUUAGGCAAAUCAAAUUCCUUUUCGAAGGUACAUCAUAUACUAGUGGAGAAGAGUCUAAUUAUCAACAGUGAAAAUGGUUUAAGGAUCAAAACCUGGCAGGGUGGCAGUGGCUAUGCGCGGAACAUAAAAUUUCGUAACAUCCAGAUGAGCAAUGUUUCAAAUCCGAUAAUCAUCGAUCAGUAUUACUGUGAUUCCCUUAGUCCAUGUGAAAACCAGACAUCUGCUGUGGAGGUGCAUGACAUUGCUUUCGUUGGAAUAAAAGGAACAUCGGCAACGCAAAAUGCGAUAGCUUUUUCUUGCAGUGAUAGUGCUCCCUGUGAGAAAAUAUUACUCACAGACAUUCAGUUGUUACUAGAAUCUGGCGGCAAUGCAACUGCUUAUUGUUGGAAGGCAUCAGGUUCUAGUUCUGGUUUAAUCACUCCACCUUCUUGUCUAUCUAGUGGUCUCUUCAAUCUCAUCAAACAAAAGGCUAAUUCGAUCGAAGGUUCCAGCUCGCCAAGUCGAUAAAGGCCAACUUAGCAACUUUAAAAGUCGUCGCCAAGAUCCGGAGUUCAACCUUCACUUUCACCUAAGGAAAUGGGGUUGCUUUCGAGUGUAUAUAUAUAUAUAUAUAUAUAUAUAGAAUAUUUAGGCUAAAUCAAUAAUAUUUAAGAUAUUGAUUUUUAAUUUUAACUAAAAACUUUAGAACUUAAUCUUUAAUUUUAACUAAAAACUUUAGAACUUAUACUAUUGUUAGAUAUGUAAAUUUGAUUUAUUAGACAUUUGAUACAUUUUAGAAGUUAAUUAUGAAUAAAUACAUA